GCCUACUGGCACAGACCAGGAGAAACUUGGCUGCUGUGAGGGAGGGAGGGCUGCCAGAAGAGGUGUCAGGAUGCCGUCUGCUUUCCAGUUUCAGUGCCACUUCGUUCUCAUUUUCCUGGCAGCCUCCAAAGGGGAAACCAGAUACCUAGAGGUGAGGGAUGCCAGCGAAGAUGAGCCCUUCCUGCUCCUCAGCGAGGAUCUGAAGCGAGAACUGUCUGCAGGGCAGAUCUACCGGCGCUCACUCCGGUGCAUCGACAUGCUGAGCAUAGAGGGGCAGUUCACCUUCACUGCAGAGCAGCCACAGCUGCACUGUGCAACCUUCUUCAUUGGGGAGCCUGAGGAGCUCAUCACAAUAGACUACAACUUUGUAAACGUUGACUGCCAAGGAGGUGAUUUCCUGAAGGUAUUUGAUGGCUGGAUACUCAAAGGAGAGAAAUUUCCUAGUUCCUUGGACCAUCCCCUCCCCACUUCCCAAAGAUAUGUAGACUUUUGUGAAAGCGGCAAAAUUCAGAGGAACAUCAGGUCAUCACAGAAUGUGGCAAUGAUCUUCUUCAGGAUUCAUCAGCCAGGCAAUGGAUUCACCAUCACAGUCAAGAAAAACACCAACCUCUUCCCUUGCAAUGUCAUCUCUCAGACUCCUUCGGGAAGGUUUACCAUGGUCAUUCCUCAUCAGCACAGAAAUUGCAGCUUCUCCAUAAUCUAUCCAGUGGUGAUAAAAAUAUCAGAUCUUAUCCUGGGACAACUAAAUGGCCUCUUUUUAAAGAAACCGACAGCAGGCUGUGCAGGAGUGGGAGAUUUUGUAGAGCUGCUGGGAGGAACAGGCUUAGAUCCAUCUAAGAUGUUUCCAUUGGCUGAUCUUUGUCAUUCGUUCCACGGAUCUGCCCAAAUGAAGAUUGGCUGCGACAAUACUGUGCUGCGAAUGGUCUCCAGUGGCAAACACAUCAACCGUGUGACGUUUGAGUAUCAUCAACUUGAUCUGCAGGAAACAGAAAACAGAAAGGAGAACAUAAUUGAGGAAUUCUGCUUUACUAGUAUCUGA